UCGUCGUCGUCAUGCAGAAUCGUGUCCAACGAUCGAUAAAACCCUUUAUGGAGCACGACUCGAGAUAAGGAAGGUUUACAAGUACCGUCGCGUUUCGGUCGCGUCUCCAUUCGUGCGAUAUAUUUGUUUGCGAUACGUUCGUCGAGGGAAAAAGAGCGAGAGUAUCGGUAUGCGCAUUAAUAUUUUCUGGAGCGGUCUGACGAUGCUCGCUACGAUCGCGGCCUUCUGGGAGACGGGGAAUCUCGCGACGGCCGUAUCUCUGCCGAUCGGAGACUCCAGUCGCGACGUUUACAUCAUCCUCCGUCCACGAAAGAGAAAGAAGUUUCGCCUCGUCAAAAUCAGGCCACGAAAAGCACUGCUCCACGAGAUUUAUCUGCCCUUAUAAGCGUUUCCUCGUGCGUUCCAGAAAGGAUCGCCGCGUCUCCUCUUUUUCUUCUUUUUCCUCGCUUUGGAAUUACGUUGCCGUUGCUGAAAGUGUCACGGAAUCGACGUCGGAAUAUCUGCUAAAAAAUAUCCGGGUACGAAGGUGGAAAGAAAAAUCGUAUCGUCGAAGAGCCGAACGCGAAUCGAUCCGUCGUCGUACCUGCGUUCUACGAAACACGAAUAUCGACCGAGGGAAAAGGAAUUCGAUCGCGCGCUCGUCCGCGACCGCAAUUGCUCCGUUUACCAGGAGCAAGAGGAAGGAGAAGAGGAGAAGGAAGAGAGAAGCGGACAACGGACGCGUCUGGAGGAUGACUUUGGAGAACGAGAAGAGAAACAUUUUUCGUCGAAUACAGGAAGAGAGAGACCAGUCUUCUUUUUUACCUUUUAUAUUCUUUUUUACCCGUAGAAUCCUCCUAGAUUAUAAUCGUCGAUACGAGCGUGCAUGCGUCGCGCGUAUACCUAUACGCGGGAAGGCAACGUCUUACCUUGACCCAGCACUUCCGGCUUUCGCCUCGCGCAACUGGCUUUGCGUAAGCUGCUUGCCGCGAUGCGUUUUAUGUUUCUCUCUGCUUCUCUCUCUCUCUCUCUCUCUCUCUCUCUCUCUCUCUCUCUCUCUCUCUCUCUCUCUCUCUCUCUCGUCAGGUGCGCGUACACAAACAAACGCAUCCGAUGCGCUUACUCGCCUACUUUUAUCGCCCAUCUCGUUAAAAUUAUAUCACAACGCGUCGUAAGAGCGCUCGAGACGGGGGGAUCGGCUGGUGAUUUAAAAACGAGAAAGCGAGACCGCCGAAUCGAUACGAGUCGUCGUCGUCGUAAGGUCGAAAUAAAACCAACUCCCGUUCGCGCUGUAUCCUUCGAGAAUUCGAGGUCGCAACGUUGAGACGCAAAUUUCAUCCUUCCGUACGGUCGCCGAUAACAUCGGUCGCGUUGCAAACUCGUCGCGCGACGAGCGGGACAGGAAGAGAGAGAGAGAGAGAGAGAGAGAGAGAGAGAGAGAAACCCUCCGGUUCGAUCCGGUCGGACGUGUUACGAAACAGGUGCGAAUUUCCGGUCGGAUAUUUAUUAAUUUCCGGUCUUUGCGAUCCGCCCUCGUUUCCGCGUAGUAAUUAAAUCUCUGCCAAAUUUAUGUCGCGCGGACCGAGAGCCGGAGGGGAACGAUUCGUUGUCCCUCCUCCGUUUUUCUUUUUUUUUCUUCUUUUUAAACGACCGACGAAAACGAACCUCUUUCCCUCUUUAUCCCUCCUAUUUAUCCUAUAUCCGAACGGACUCGACGAAUGAUAUUGGUAAGCGAAAUACCAUUCGAUCCCGCAAACGAAACGUUUCUUCGUUGGAGCUCGAUCCUUCUUUUUUAUUUACUUUUUAUCUUUAACGCCACCCGAUAUUUAUUAUCGGUACGAGCUUUGAUCGUAGCCUUUGACGAAAGAACGAAUCGUACGCUCGAUAGCGUUACGACAAUGAAUUUACUUCGAUCCACGGAGAGGAACGUUUCGUGGUGAUGGGUUGGUGGAUUUUUCUCUCUGGCAGAUGGAACCAUAAGUCGCGUGUCAUCUUACGUACGUCGAUCGUACGAUUUCCAUGCGCAACCUUAAGGUUUCUCGUGGAAACCUUGCUACGCCCUACGAAAGAACGGCGAUCGGGUCUUUUCUCUCUCUCUCUCUCUCUCUCUCUCUUUCCCCUCCUCUUUAAUUCCUUACCUUCCUCGUUUAAUUCCCAAACGGUAAAACGCUCGGCCGCGAUAUCGCGAAAACUCGAAGACGCGUCUCGCGUGGAAAUUCAUUUUUCCUUGCGGCAACCAUAGAUCUCUAUCGCGUACAAUAUUCGUCUCUGUCCGCGAGCUUCGCUUUUCCGUGUCAGCGACCGAGAGACGUCGAUCUCGAGAACGAAUUCGAAUGGGAAGUUUUCUGCGUUUCGAAUACCGACAAAUAUUUUUACGUUUUGCUUUAAAAGUAGAAAGAAAGAUCGGAUUCGUUCAACGUUUCGUUUCUAUGAAAAAACCGAGCAUUUUUUACUUGCCAACUCGUUCCUUUUCUUUUUCUCCCUUUCUCUUUUAAAACUAGAGGGAGAUCGCGUAAAAUACGCUUUUCCCUGGAGGGAAUCGAGUCGGUAGAAAAAUUCCCGCGCGUCUGCCGCCGAGAGAGACAGAUAAAUGGAUAGAUAGACGGAUGGAUGGAGGGAGAGAGAAUCGUUGUCCGGAGACAAUUUCGCGUGGCCUAGCCGUGGAGUUUUCUGCUGCGAAACGCGAGCAACCAACUUCGCAUUGUCAGGUGGCUGGAGUUCGGCGGGCCUCACCGAAUCAUUUUCACGAUCAUCGAUCUAGUCAUUCGUACAGACAUGAAGCGCUGUCGGUCGCGUAUCGUUCUCCAUCGUCCUUACGACCGUCGCUAUCACCUUCGCUACCAGCACCAUCGGCAGCAGCAGCAGCAGCAGCAGCAGCAGCAGCAGCAUCGACGUCACCUCCGCCACCACCACCGCCACCGCCACCACCACCGUCGUCAUCACCGUCGAGCGUCGAUCCUACAGCGGUGCAACGCGGUUGCGCCUUGCAUUCGAGGCUCGAACACCCGGUGACCACAUCGACCCCCGGGAUGGACGGCAAGAAGAUCGUGCAAGCUACAACGGCGGUCGUAGCGGUGGGCCAGGUGCGCAACAAAAACAACGAUGCCACGGGAUUGGCGGCUUCCGUUUCCGGAAUCCGUCGACGAAGCGGACCCCAAGGAUUGCGAUCGCCCGCCGCGAAAAGACCCUUAUCGGCGCCGGUUGCCCUGCAAGGCUGGCUACACAAGCAGGGUUCCGAAGGGCUCAUGCUUUGGAAGAAACGCUGGUUCGUCUUGUCGGAAUAUUGUCUCUUCUAUUACAAAGGUCCAGAGGAAGAGAAACUCCUGGGGUCGAUACUCCUGCCUUCGUAUAGGGUUACCGUUUGCAGACCCGAAGACAAGGUCAACAGGAAGUUCGCCUUCAAGGCUGAGCACGCGAACAUGAGGACUUACCACUUUGCUGCGGAGAACCGUGAAAGCAUGAAUCAAUGGGUGAACGCGCUCACUCUGGCUACCCUCCUGCAGGAUCCCAGUCCCGGAAGGGGCGAAGCUGCCGUGGUCAUAGAGAUAGCGGGACAACCGGAUGGCGAACGAAGCGCUAGGCCAAGCGUAUCUUCGAUCUCCUCCGUAUUGAAUCAAAGUGCCGACGACAGCGAUUCCGGAUUUCACGGUUUUCUAUCUCGAGACGAUCCCAGUCACGCGUCCAACAACAAUUCCAGUCCUAACAGCGUCAACACUGCCUCUUUUCCGAAUCUUAGUGGGAGCAACGGUAACGGUAAUGCCGCUUCCAACGCCAACAACAACAACAAUCUAAAGGACGUUCAGCACGUACCCAAUGGUUGGCUACAACAGUCUCCUCAAUACGGUCAAUCAGGCUCGUCGCAACAUCAACACUCGCAGUACUGUUUCUCCGAACAUUCUGUUUCUCAGCAAAUACAACAAGGUCACUCUCAUCAGCAUCAAGCGAUGCUGCAUCAGCCACAUCAGAAUGUCCCUCAGGUUUAUCAGCACAAGCACGUCGUUCAGCAGCAGCUGCAGCAACAACAACAACAACAGCAGCAACAGCAACAACAACAACAGCAGCAGCAGCAGCAACAACAACAACAACAACAACAACUGAUUAACAUGCAAGCUGUUCAAUCCACGCCUCGAAAAUUUGGCCAGCCCAUAUACGCCAACGCACCGCCGAAACCUAGGAGACUAACCGACGGAUCCAACGAGUAUUCCACUCCCUCCCCUGAGCCAGGUUAUCGAAGAUCUCCUGUCUCGCCGGACGUUACCCUGACUAGCAAAAGUCCCAUAUCCGAUUACGACAGGAACAGCAUCAUUUAUGCCACCGGAAUGAAUCAACCGUCGCAACAAAGUUUAAGGACGGACAAGUCUGGUUUGAAUUACGGUUAUUGCCAAGUGCAAUCGACCGAAAGACGUACGCCUGACACUUACGGACGAAGCUCGAAGCCUAGAUCGAACAGGGGAAACGGUGACUACGAGGAGGUCUACGGUAUACCUCAGCUUUAUCAGAGACCAGCCGGACCUGUUGUUGGAUAUACCAAGGGAAAUGCACCAGCUCCUAUACCUAUCCCGACUUACGCGCAACAUCAGCAGAUGCAUCAACAACAACAACAACAACAGCAGCAGCAGCAGCAGCAGCCACAAAUUCAUUCGCCAGUAACCCCACCCAACGUUCCCAUAAUAAGACAACCAAUGGCCCAUCAACUACCACCGCCUCGACCUCACAGUGCCGAUUUUCUCGAGUACGAAGCAACAAGGCGACCUCAACAACAAAAUCUUUCGCAAAACGAAGUUUCUUCGAGUCAACAGAAACGUCCCCAAAGGCCUAAGUCGAGUCUAGACAUAAUGAACCCGUCGGAUGCGACCAACGAUGGUUAUUACUAUUCCGAAGAAAGAUACGCUGCGCAAAUGCGUCAAUCGGCGGUGUAUCUCCAUCAAACGCCUCAGCAUCAUCAACAACAAAGAAACCAAUCGCUGUCGCGAGCCACCGUGCCGUCAAAGAUAACGACGGUUCAUGACAGAAACGGCGACGUCAGAAUGAUGGCUGCUUUGCCCGACUCUUCUUGUUCCACUUUUAGACAUCGUUUGCAACGAGAGCAUGCUCAUCCGCAUCAGCAUAAUAUACCUACUCAAACGUUGCAAAGACAUAACGAGUUGUCCAACAACGACGCAAAGCUGAGAAGAUCUUUACGCGAGAAGGUCUACGAGUCGAGUGCUCGCAAUGCAUCGACCCGCGAGCACGAAUCGUCGUUGAGUUGGAACAGAUCUUCCUCUCAUUCUAAUCACGGAGUUAACAUGGCACAGUCGUGUCAGUCCGCUCACAGUGGAGCCAAACGAUGGGUCGAACAGCAGCAACAGCAACAGCAACAAUUUUAUAGAUCCGCGUCGGCACGUUUGCCAAGGUCCCGCCAUCCUGCCGCUUUAGACCAAGACGAGGAUGAUUACGGUGGAGGACGAUCUUCCGCGGAACAAGAUACUCGCGAUGGCGAACGGAAGAUUCAACAGCGAGAAGAGUCGAUGAAGCGUUUACUGGAGUGGAAACAACGUAUGCUACAAUCUCCCCUAACGCGGAAACCAUCGGGAUCGUUGAAUCGGAGCAGAGCGCAGAACGAACUAUCGAAUUAUUAUAAACAGCAAGCUCUUUUGGACCUGGUAGCUCACGAAGCUUCGAUAACAGAGGCUCGUCAUUCGCGAAGAAAGGAGGACAGUCACAGGUCUCACGUUAGAAGUAAAAGUUCCGACGGUCGCAGAACCGUCACUUCUGUGUCACGUUACAACAGUUACUCGAGCGACGACGAAGAGAUGGGAGACGUUCGAAGAAAACGAACGCGCAGGCCCUCGCAUGCAGGAAGGAGCCCCCGGCAUGCCGGUGACGAUCGUUCGUCCACGUCGACUACCCAAGAGAACGGCAAGGCGAUCCAAGGAAGCGUACGUACGAACGUUUCAGCGAUUUCAUCGACGCAGUUGGGACAGACGGGUGUUCGAUCGAGCAACGAGAGCAAAGUACGUUUCAACGCCAAGACCGCCCCAGCGAGCCCUUCGAGUAUACCACCCGACGCCGGUUACGAGGAAAUAAGUUUCCCACCGACGUCAAGGGAGACUCGUACGGAUGCGUACCUCGUCACGUCCGAAAACGUCCGAUGUGGCAAAACGGCGGAACGGCGCCUCGAGCGUGGACAUUACAACGAGGUUCAGCGCAAGCAUCAGACGACGUUGUCGAAAAAGUCAACCGGUAUAUUGAAGUCUUCUAGCAUAUACGAGAUCGAGGAACGAUCAACGGUAAAUGCCGCAACGGGCAACGUCGAAGGGAAUAGUAGUAAUCCGAAGGAGUACGUGCCCGUGGACGCAUGGGCCUCCGUUCACAAGUGCGUUCAAUGGGAUUCCAACGGGGACAAGGCAACGGUGGAAUGGGGCGAUUCCAAUAUCGACGAGAGCAAACUCAUAAAGGAAUUCUCUUAUCAGUAUAUAAAACCCAAACAGGCCGAGCAAGGUUGCGGGAAAGCGGUGGACGAUCGGUCGUUAAAUAUGAUCGAAUCUACGAAUCUCGUUCGGUCGAGGAUAAGAUCGUUCGAAUCGAACGCGGAAAACGGUAGUCCCGUAAAGGAGACGCUCACCAUGCAGGAAGCGUUGAAAGUUUCGCCCGUCGAGACGUCCGUCGAGGCACACGUAUCGAGAUUGGACUCGUCGAGAAAGGCAUCUUCGAUCAUUCGCAGCUUCGCUUUGGGUGACAAUGCGAGAGGAGGCAACGAUUCUAACGUCUCCCCCGUGGGGAGGGACGGACACGCGAAGCAAGCAUCCACCGACAGCAACAAGUCGGUCAAAGAUCUCUUGGCGGAUUUCGAACGAAAGUCCCAACAGAUUCAUCGCAGAUUGGAGGAACGCGAGGAACGAUCGGAGGUUAGGCAUCGGGGAGUUUUCAGCGACACGGAAACCCUUCUCUACGACACCGGGAGCGACCUCGAUCAACGAGACAAGAGCUUGGAGGAACGCGAGGAGGAACGACAACGGGCCGAGACGGAGCUGCUAGGAACGUUGCUCCCGGAUCGAUCGAACGAGCUGGAGGCGUAUUUGGGCACGUUGAAGAAGAAGAAAUCUCUGGGUCAGACGAGACAGAGGCGUAACGAAUCGCCUGGCGAUUCCGAGGAAGGACCGGAAGUCGGGGAGUCGUCGGCCCGGCGUCGAAUCGACGGAAAUUCGUAUCGCGCCAAGAGAAUACGCGAAUCUGGCAUCGCGACGAAUACGGGAUAUCCGUCGACGCACGAGGACGUUAGAUUUCCCGUCGAGGACGGCGAUCGCGUCGUUACCGGGGGCGGCUCGUCGAGGCAAGAGGAUCUAAUCCCGGAAGAACAUUAUCUUCCGAUGUCUCCUAGAAAAGCCAUUUUGGAUCCGAACGAGGACGACAGGCCUAAUCCGAAAAUGAUGGAGAGUCUUUUCGCGAAUCUGGAGCACGAGGAGAGCUCGUACGUCGAGAUGGCGCAGAACAAUGGAACCCAUUCGCUCUUGGCUCCGAGCAAGGAGAUUAACGACGAUCGGGAUUCCGGCGAUUACUCGACCCUGGACGCAUCGCACUACGAAUUCGUCUGCGUUUCCGACAGUAAGAUGGAACCGGUUUACAUGGAAGUAAGCCAGCUGUCGGAGAAGGAAGAUGGAAGGGAGGACGACGGAAUCUCGUCCAAGACGUUGAAGCUGCGAAAGAACGAGGAAAUCGGGCGCAACGGGACGAGAUCGGAUCUCCCGGACAUUCUGACGGCUCUGAAGUCCGACAGUUCCGACGCCGACGACGAGUCGUCCAAGGAUUUCGACUCGAUAGACGCACCGAGACACCCGCGAUUUAGCCUCUCGGAUACCUUCCGACCCGCCUCCUAUUACCUGGGUGCCAGUCGAACGAUGAUAGCCGAGUUGCACGAUUCCUCCGACAGCGAGCUCGUCUCCCCGCCUCCCAUUCCUACGUCGCCGCCACCGUUGGAGGACUUGGAUUCCUUGCAAGAGAUGCAAGAUUCCUUGGAGGUUAAAAAGGUUGCGUCGCCUCAGGUACCCGUAACCAAGGAAAGCGUCCCGAGCGUCGAUUCCCCGAAGUCGUGGAACAGAUCGGAUCACGGAGAGCGAGAUCAGAGAUCGCCGUCCAGGCUGUCCGAGAUCUCAGGGACCAUUAGUUCGACCUUUCGAGACAGCAGGAUGUCGUUGGAGAGCGCGAGCGGUAGCGAUUCGGUGUCGGUGGAGCUUAGAAGUCCGGAAGAGGAGGCGGCGAGGCACAGGCAAUUGAAGAGGAGACCCGUCAGCGACGAGGUUUGCGAGGUUUUGGACAGUCUCGACGAAUUGGAAUCCAUCGGGAGUCGUUUCGAGCUCGACGGUACCAGCAUCGACCUCGAUCGUUAUCUCGAGGAAUUGCAAGCGCGCGACGCCUUUAACGUGGACCUGUACGCGAAGGAUUUGAGUUACAACAGUAUUUAUGGUUUCAACGAGAACAUGUUGGUCGUCGACAAGCUACAAAAGACCACUUGUCAGGAUCUUUCGAGAAAAACGAAGACGUUCAAUUUCGGACAGCCCCUUCGUUACGACAACGGGAACAAGAUCGGCUCGGCCAGUAGCCUGCCGUCUAUGAGAGUUUGCGACGUACCGCCUACGCCGUCUCACCAACACUCGCAAUCGUACACGGGCGACGCUCAUUACGAGAACGUAUCGAGUUUCUCUCCUUUGAGAAACUCGCCUAGCGUACGUUCGGACGCGAGCGAGCAGCGACGAUCGCGAGACGACAGGGUUGCGCUCGCAGACGAGGACAGGCCGACGGAGCCACGCCACAGCAGAGACUCGAGUUGCUCGUUGACCGGUCAGAGAGCCGUCGACGGGCGAUCCUCUUCGACUCGCUCGAUCGCCUACGAGUCCCAAUCUGGAACGCGUUCCCCUCGAAACGAUCUCGUUCAAAGCCCAUCGCGGACGGCCGAUAACGCUCCACCGUACGGCGAGCAAAAGUUGUCGAAUCGUUAUCCAAACGUUCCGACCGAUCACAGAUCGCCUACUAUCCCCGAUCACGUACAACGUCCGUCUCCGACGACGACGACAGCGACAACGACGACGACGACGACGACGACGACGACGACGACGACAACGACGACGACGACGACGACGACGAUGACGACGACGACGACGACGACGACGUCGUCGACGUCGAUAAAAUCCAAUUCCUAUUUAUCGUAUCUGAACGGUCCCGAGCAACGCGUUCAAGGCGAACAGCCAGGAGCGCCGUACUAUUACUCGGACCUUCGCGGCAGCGUACGCGGAGGUAACAGCAACAGCAACAACAACGAGAAACCGUCUAUCCUUCACGGUGGUCACGUCUCGAGGCUACCGCAAUUGAAUAACCAAAGAGACGAUGCGUCGGCAAUGAACAAGAGGAACGACAUCGGUCGUAUAGUGAAUCCGAUAGCCAGGCAAGUGCCCAGACAGAUUCAAGUCGAAGGUAUCGACGAGGCCAGACGCAUAGCCGCGGAACUGAGGAAAAGCACGUGUCGCUUGUUGAACGACAACAAAGUCGACUUGGUGGAUAAAAGAAAUUUCUACGAAGCCGAUACCCUUCGAAGGGUGAAAUCGAACGAUCCUCUGCCGGACUUGUCCUUGCCGGAGGUCAGUACGAGGAAUCUCUAUCCUCAGGGAUUGCGGGAUAAGAGCGGCGGGGCCCGUUCGAACACGACCGACGACGCGCCGUCGGACGAAACGCUUCUCCACGUUCAAGCUUCGCAUCGAAGGUCUAGAUCGUUGGAGGGACUUUUAGACGACGUUGGCCUUCAGAAUCUGGUCGAACAAAGAAACCGGGCGAACCGUUUGUUAGCCUUAUCGACUAGGCAAGCCGAGGAACGUGCGCGAAACGUUUCCACUCCAGUAGAUUGCUCGCAAGAUACUGCUUUGAACGAUUUCAACGUUUUGGAUCCUUGGGAACAGGACUCCCUUUGGCGCGAGAAUCUUCGUAGGGCGAGUUUACGGAAUGCCAGAUCGUUGGACAACUUGGAGAAUCAGGACGCUAGAUCGCCGGCGGCAGGUUCCUCUUCCUGUUCCGAUGCCAAAACUCGUCCCAAGAUCACGCGAGGUGCGACUUACGUGAACGACAGCGUAGCGAUGCGAAACGACAACGAUUCUUCGUCGACUUUGGACAGACCGCGAGUCAAGCGAAGAAUCAACAACAAGUCCGAAGAGCUUGCCGUUCUCGAGACUCGCGAACCGACGAAUCCUCCUCUCCACGAUGCUUACGACUCUUACGACGCUUGGAAUUCUCGGAACGCGCAAGUAUAUCGAAAGGAAUGUCCCGUUACCGAGGAGCAAGACGGUCAUUUUUUAGCGGAAGGCAACCUUCCCUCGACGGGAGCAACGGCGGGGGACCUGCGUCCUUCGGGGGCUUGUCGCGCGGCGAGUCGCGUCGCGAAUUCCGCCACGAGUUCAGCCUCGUUCGAGUUAGAUCGCGAAAAGUUGCGACAAUGGGACCUACUGUCGAGCGCCUGCUUGCUCCAGGAACAGCAACAAAGUACUACGACGACAGUGGGGUCGGGGCGAGGGUUGCCAACUGCCGAUCGGCUCGGACGCGUCAUCGAUUCGAAGAACGUGCCCGUGACUACUAUCGUUUCGACGACGACGACGACGACGACGACGACGACGACGACGACGACUACGACGACGACGACGACAACGACGACAACGACGACGACGACAACGACGACGACGACGACGAUGAUGACGCCCACGACGACGAACGACAAUAUCGGCGACGCGAUCGUCGCAGAGGCAUUGAAGAUUACGAUAUCGGAAAAGAUCGAUAAUAAGAGCGAUCCAACGUUGUUUCUCAACGAACGUCAUCGAAGUUCGACGGCUUCCUUGGAGGCAUCAAAAAGACGAGAAGCGAUCGAGACGAAAGACUCGCGUAACCGGGCUGCAGCAUCCGGAUCUGGAUCGGUAAUAGGAAGAGAUCCACUUCCGCCGAGAGCAGUUAGCACGUCUCAUUUGCCCGAGAGAACUCUGACUCAGCCACCAGCUGUGGAAUCAACGUUGUCAUCGACUUUACCCUUGCCACGAAACACGGGUGGUCAUCGUCAGCAACAUCUCCCUAUUCAUCGAUCGAGCCCGCAAGAGCAGCAUCAUCAGCACCAACAACAACAACAACAACAACAACAACAACAGCAGCAGCAGCAGCAGCAAGAACAACAACAAGUGCAGCAGCAACAACAACGACUGCAGGCAGAAUCGAAAAUUUUACGGGCCUCCAGCAACGGGGAUAUCCGAACUAGCCUAGCACAAAUCAGCAACAAUGAGAUGAGAAAUCUAAAAAUGUCAUCACCGAAUGGUCAUCCGACCCAGAGACUACACUCGUCCAGCGGACAUUUGAGAGUAAUGGAUUUGAGCGAUCAUCGAAUUUCGAGCGAUAAUGAAAUUCAAGUUCACAGUCCAAUCGAAAGAAAAGUCAUCGGCCCGAUUGGUAUGGACGUGGAUCGAGGUGGAGGCGGUGGUAGUGGGGUAAACAUCAGAGGGAAUCAACGGAUACGCGAGAGCACGGAACUACUUCACAAAAGGGCAAGAUUGACAGAUUUGGACACACCAAGGCGUUUGGAGAAUCUUCAGAAACUCGAAGAGUUAAAGAGACACCUAAUGGAUCUUGAAAAACAGUACGAGAAAGGGAAGCCUCUAAUAAAUCUCGUCGACAACAUGGUCAAGCUCGGCUCUUUAUACAAUCGUAAUACUGCCAAUGGAAGUAGUAGCAGCAUAAACGCUUCUCGUAACGAUUUAUUCCAAGAGAACACGAAAAAUCAUCGCGAUCGUUUGGAAUUUAAUCAAAGAGUACAAGAGCAACGUUUGCUGGCUGAAGAACGCAGAGAUUGGAAUAGACUCAGUCCGGAUCAUGGACAAUUGCAGGCCAAGGUGCAGCAGCUGUACAAACUGGACCGAUUACUCCAGGAAGAGUCAGGUACCCUUCAUAGCCUUCAGCAGGACAAGGAGAUUCUAGAAAAAGCUCUCGGAGGCUUGCGAGACAAAUUGCAAGGCAGCAGAAGCAACUUGAUUGAAGCAGAACGCUACAGAAAGCAACAACUUUUAUUGGAGCGCGAAUUGAGCAGAGUCAGAGUACUGUUGGCGCACAAUUCCAAGAAACUGGAAGAGACUGUAGCGGAAAAUGCCAGAUUGGAGCAAGAUUUGGUAGUCCUAAGGCAAAAAUUGCAAGCUUCUAGAAGAUACGCUGGUAAUAUGACUAGAGACCCAUCGGGUACAACGGCUCCUUUGGAAACGGAAUUGAGAAGAGUUCAACAAUUGGUCGGUGAUCUUCAAAGGCAAAGAAAAGAGCUCAGUGUUCAGGUUCAGCAGCUAACCGAAAAGUCUCAUAGUUUGGUACAACAAAUUCGGCCACAAUCAUCUCCUGCUCCGCCUGUUCAUCAUUCAAAGAAACGCACUCAAAACUCUUGGUUGGAAACCGAUUUAGAUUCCGGGAUUACUCUUGAUCAUGGCCUUGGCUCACCGGUGAGCCCGUCGCUAUUAUCCUCGGCACAUGGAAAACAAAGCUUGGAGAGCCCUUAUCGUCGAUACGCGUCACCAACGCAACACAAGAAGUCACCUUCGCCAAAUCGGCAACACGUCGAACAACCAUCUCUACAAAGCUCGCAUAACCAUAUCUCGACCUUGUCACCCCAGUUACGGGAACAAAUACAGCAGCAUCAAUUGAAGCAACAAUUGUUGAAGGAUCAAAUGCAGGGAAAGGGCAGUUUGAUGCAGAUUAAUGUUUCCCCGUUGUACGUCAAUACCGAGCCAAGAAUUCAAGAUACGAGCAGAAGCAACGAGAACGGCAUGAACCAAACAAACGGUGGACCGAACGUUUUGCCGGAAUACAUUCCACCACCACCGAUUCAUCCUUUUAACGAAGAAACUUCUUUAACGAACGACAAUUACAAGCAAAACGAAGAUAACAAAUUUGCAGGCUUGUUGCACAAUCGAGAGAAGCAAGAAAUAAAGACCGUCAGGAUCGUUAAACGGGAAUCCGAGAGACGUCAGAGAGAUCGAGGAGAUAGAACUGGUAAUAUUGGAAUUCCAUUAACGAACGGACUUCAGGCGCCAGGCGGGGCAAAAAGGUUGUCCGACGAUGACGUUGCUGGUACACAGAAAUUCGAAAAAGCCCAGUUGGGUAAAGUCGUUGAAGAAGCACCGAUCGUUCACGCUCAAAGUACCGUACACCUGACCGAGCUCGACGACGUACAAUUCCAAAGAAGCAUGUCUCUUCCACGAGGAUUUGGUGGUCAGCGACAUCAGCCGAGUGUUCAUCAUGUUCCCGUUGCUCCACCACCUCGCAGCGACAGCAUGCAUGCUCUUAGAACGAUCAUGAUGCGAAGACACAAAGUUAAGUUUGAAAAUCACGACGGAAGCUCCGAUAGCACAUUGUCACCGUACAUCGAUAGCCCUACGUCGAGUUCGCAGAUGCCAAUUAGCUCGUCAAACUACUCAACGAGUCCACCUUACAGUCCAAGCCAUCAGAAUUAUCAUUCUGGACAAUCGACAUCGAGGGGAUUCAAUCAACAACAACAACGAUACUACUCGCCGCAUCCGCAGUACGGACAAUACGAGAAUUCUACGUCAUUCGUGAAAAACUCAAUAGCAUUGAGCCCAGAACCGGUCUCUCUUAACAAUCUUGGUGGCGUACCUCCAGACAGGCCGACAUUUGGGUCGAUCGUUAAUGCGAAUAGCGCCUCGGAUUCCCCACAAUUGUCGCCGGUGUUCAAGAGCGAGGCUGCAAAGCAGAUCAUUAAAGAGAUGACUGAGAGAAAAGUCGACGGACCCAGAAGAAGACAGGUUCCUAAAGAAAAGAGAAGACACUACACCGUUUCUAGUAGCAAACCCGUUCUAGAUCUCGAGGACAGCUUCUCCAGGAUGGGCAUGGGUAGAGCAAGAGACGACUUGGACAUGGAACAGGCUCUCAGACCUAGGAUCAAUGCUCCGGACGUCGUAAGAUCGACUUUGAGUCACAAAGAGCUGAAAUAUAAUGAGAGUACGAUCGAUCAACUGUUGGGUACUCCGAAUAAGAUCGUCAUUCCUGAACGUUAUAUUCCUGAACAGACGCCAGAAUUAACGGCGGAAGAACAAGAGCAUCGUUUGAAAAAAGCGGAGGCCAUAAGGAAGAUGCUUUCUGAAACGACUGUCACUGCACCCGAUGGAACUGACGACGACAUCGACCUCGAUAAGUCGGACACGUUGAAAAGAAAAGUAGUCGAGGAGAAACGACAGAGAGAACACAUUCUUCAACUCAAUCAAAUUCUUGCGAAGCAAGUGAUGGAGAAAAGUAAAAUGGUGGCCGCUUUGUACGUCGUUCGUUCGUUGCUUUCACAGCGUGAAUCUUCAAAAAAUGAUCGUUCGUCGAUCACUGACCGGAUCUUUUUGUCGUCGACAGUCAAGGCACUGGCUACGCUUCCAUUGAAGACUGACUCGAGUAUAGACGACGAAGACCUCUCACCCGUCACGCCGUUGCCCCUCUAUCAGCAAAGGGAAAACUAUUACUCCUAAACGCAUCUGGGUGAAAAAUCUGGAUAUAUCGUUUCUUUAUGCUCACAACGGUAAAGCAAAUGGAGAAUUUUUGCUCGUGAAUGAAGAGGAGAAAAGGAUAGAGUAUGUGAAUGAAAGAAAGAAGAAGAAGAUGUAGAGGAAACAGAUGCACAAUCAUUAUACUACUGCCAAUGAAACGCGCGAAACAAGGAAAGAACAUCGUUACGAUGGAAAUUAUGAGAAAAUACAAUAAAUAAAAAGGGAAAAGAAAAAUAAUGGCUCAGCGAGAUCGUGCGACGAUCAGAAUGAAAUGUGCUUUCUAUUUCUUUUUCUUUUUUUUCUAUGUUUCGAUUUAUUUCUUUAAUUAUAUUAAUAUAGAAAAUAAUCGUGUCGAUGUACGAAACACCAUUGAAAUAUGUAAUUUAGAAUAUCGAUAUGGGACCGCGGCGAAAUAAUAGCUAUGAAAUAAAUAAGGGAAAAAUAAUAAGAUGCGUACGUCGAACGAGCUUUUCGGCGAGCUUAGAUAAUUAGCAAUAAUCGUAGAUAUUAAGGUACAAUAAUCGCACAACGUUCUUCUCUUUGGGAAUAAAUCGGAAAGAGACAUUUGUAGUUGCCAUAAAAAUAUAUACUCGUAUAUUGAAUUUCGCGUGAGAUCUUCAAUGAGGAAAAUGUUUCAUUUCGAAUCGAACAUCGUUCGUUCAUAUCUACCCCACCUUCGAAUCGAUCGUACAAAUCGAAUUGAUUUUUUCGUUUGCGACAGAGCAUUUAGUAUAAUUAAAAAUAAUAUUCCAAGAUAAAACGGAGUGCCAAAAGUCAGUGCGAUUAAAGCGCGGGUGCUACGACACUAUAGUCAAUUACAGAUGAAUCGUAAUUGCGUUAGCGCAGAAACAAAAAAUCAUUGGCGAAGACAUUUGAAUAAUAAAAAAAAACAUAUGUCGAGCCUCCCUCUGCCAAGGUUCUUUUUAUAAGCGCGUUACUGUAAUACUGUGUGUGUGUGUGUGUGUGCGCGCGCGCGCGCGCACACACACAUAGAGAGAUACAUUAUCUAUAAAUACAUAUAGAGGCAUACACUUUUUCUGUGCGAACAGAAAUGUAUUAUUAUUACGCGACUGUACAUAAGAUGAUUAAUAGAUACGCAAGUGCGUAAGAAAAAUAAGAAAGAUAAGAAAAGAAAGGCCCCUUGGAAAGUACGGCCAUAAAUUUGGAAAAAAGAGCAAAAAGAUGUUCCUUCGUCGAUGCGCUGACCUUCCGUCGACGUUGACGGAUAUUCGCGAGUUUUAUCGUCUGGUUAAAUGACACUUUAACAGAUACAUACAUAUGUUAAAUCGACGAUGCGCGACUUCUUAUGUUACGUAUGUAUUACACGUAAGGUAGCCGAGAUCCUUAUCGUUGGACUCGUUAAAUAGUCAUUGCGUCAAACGCGGUAUACGAGAAGCGAAACAUGUGUAUCUAAUUACCGUGACCGCAAAAAAAAACAAAUCACUGUUAUUGUUAUAUCGAUGAAAUAAAAUUAAUACGAUGAAUAA